GUUUCUAAAGACUGGAGGACUGUGGCAUCCUGGAGUGCAUAGUUUCGGGAGCGACGUCUUUAUGGGCUGUGAGGAUCUUUGCCCCAGCAAGAGGACUCCCCUCUCCCCCAGCCCGUGCGGUGCUGUCAUUUUGUGUGUCUUUAUGUUUACUCUAGAAGAAAGAAGCGAACCAGGGAAAUUCAGGAACUAUGUCAUCAGAGAAGGCUCCCUUCUAGGUCAAGGGACACCGAUGGCUUUGGAGCAGACACCCAAAAAGGAUUGGUACAGCAUUCUGGGUGCAGACCCAUCUGCAAAUGUGUCAGACCUAAAACAAAAGUAUCAGAAACUCAUAUUACUGUAUCAUCCAGAUAAACAAAGUGCAGAUGUGCCAGCCGGAACCAUGGAGGAGUGUAUGCAGAAGUUUAUUGAAAUUGAUCAGGCAUGGAAAAUUCUAGGGAAUGAAGAAACCAAGAAAAAGUAUGACCUGCAGCGGCAUGAAGAUGAGCUAAGAAAUGUGGGGCCAGUAGAUGCACAGGUGCGCCUUGAAGAGAUGUCCUGGAACCAAGGUGAUGAGUCUUUCUCUCUGAGCUGUCGAUGUGGUGGGAAAUACAUUGUCUGCAAGGAUGAAGCACAGGAAGCAACCCUCAUCUCCUGUGACACGUGCUCGCUGAUUGUGGAGCUCCUCCAUCAGAGCUGAGCUGCGUCUUCUGUCCCUGAUCCUUUACUACAAGGACAGAUGCUUUCUUGUUAUUAGCUGUAAAUUUUGUGAAGAUAAGAUGAAGUCUUCAAGCAAAACCACUUCAGAUUAACAAAUUAAUUCAGUUUUUUAUAUGUAUCUAAAAUGUAAAUUAUAGGGUAUUAUAAAAAGGACUCGAAUAAUAUUUUUGCAAUUUUAGCUAACAACUUUUGUUUUCUCUUUGGUACAAACUAUUUCCUUUUUGAAGUAUAAAUAUCUUUUUCAAGAAUCAGGAAGAGUAUUCUUUAUAGUUACGAAGGGUCUUGCUUUUGCUUUAGUGUGUGUGUGUGUGUGUGUGUGUGUGUGUAAAGGGCAGAGGACAUUCUGAGAAUUCUGAGGAGUUGAUUCUUCACUUCCUCCCCAAUGUGGGUCCCAAGGGUCAAAUUUGGGUCCUGAGAAUUAUGGUAAGUUCUGGUACUGGCUGAACCAUCUCUUUCUUAAUUAUGAAGUUGUUCAUCUAAGAGAUGAUGGCUUUAGUUGCUAAAUUAUAUGCCUGUUUCAAUAACUCAGGCAUUCAAUAAGAUUAGAGAUUUUGUGAAUGAAGUGUGAGCCCAGUUCUGCCCUAAACAAAGCUGGAUAUGGAUUUCUACGAAUCUCUUUCAAAGCUGACAGAGACCAUGUGUUAGAAAAUAUGACUCUUGUCCUGGCCUUGUAUGUCCAAGGCUUGUCAGGAGCUAUUUUAAGUUCAGGUGAAUUUUAGGAAAAGAAAACCUAUUAACUGAAAGUCAACAAAACAAACAAACCCCUAAAAUAUCAACUUUCCUUUUUAUUAGAGGGCCUCUGUUUAAGGAGCCAUUCAAUUCAUUACUGGUGUGGUGAAGGGGCUUUUCUAAUGAGUGAUUACAGACUACAGUGGACAGUAGGCAUCGGGUCUUAUGUGACUUCCUUUAGUAUGUAACAUUCUGUCUACAAUGUAGACCAGAAUUCAUUUUAUGAACACAGGGAACCCUUACUGAGACUGCUGCGCAAAUGUUUCUUUUAGGUCUAACUUAUGGUGUUGUCAGCAGAGCUCAGUCAUUUGUCAACUUGGAAUGCUCAGUCUUAGACUUAGACUGCUAUGAAGAGCUGACAUAUUAAGUAUACUUGAAAACAGAUUGCUUUCUUUGUAUAGAACCACCAAAAUUUAAAUAUGAGAUAGUCAUCUGGAUUUCUUCCCCAAGAUAUUUUUAUAUCAUACAAUUUAGGAAGAAAACUUGU